UCCUAACGCACCGCAGUGGCCGGCUCGGCUCAGCGCGUGCUGUUCGCCUCUCCGCCCGGGCAGCCGGCCCCUCUCCGUGCUCUGUAGCCGCCCCGGCUUGGGUGCAGCCCCCGGCGCCCGUGCUCUGCGCGAAGCCCUGGCCCCCGCGGCCGGCGCAUGGGCCAGGGGCGCGGGGCGAGGCGGCAUACCGCAGGGCCGUGACACGCACCGGCUUCAGCAUGAAGACCCUCAUAGCAGCCUACUCUGGGGUCCUGCGAGGAGAGCGUCGAGCUGAGGCUGCCAGGAGUAAGAACUCCAACGGAGGACCUGCGCUGUCACGAGAGGGGUCUAGAAGAUGGGGCACUGGUUCCAGCAUCCUCGCAGCCCUCCAGGACCUCUUCUCGGUCAGCUGGCUCAACAGGUCCAAGGUGGAGAAGCAGCUGCAGGUCAUCUCCGUGCUGCAGUGGGUGCUGUCCUUCCUCGUGCUGGGAGUGGUCUGCAGCAUCAUCCUCAUGUACACAUUCUGCACCGACUGCUGGCUCAUCGCUGUGCUCUACUUCACCUGGCUGGCGUUCGACUGGAACACGCCCAAGAAGGGUGGCAGGAGGUCACAGUGGGUCCGAAACUGGGCUGUGUGGCGCUACUUUCGAGACUACUUUCCCAUCCAGCUGGUGAAGACGCACAACCUGCUGACCACCAGGAACUACAUCUUCGGCUACCACCCCCAUGGCAUCAUGGGCCUGGGUGCCUUCUGCAACUUUAGCACAGAGGCCACGGAAGUGAGCAAGAAGUUCCCUGGCAUAAGGCCCUACCUGGCCACGCUGGCCGGCAACUUCCGGUUCCCGGUGCUGAGGGAGUACUUGAUGUCCGGAGGCAUCUGCCCUGUCAAUCGGGACACCAUAGACUACUUGCUCUCUAAGAACGGCAGUGGCAAUGCCAUCAUCAUCGUGGUGGGGGGCGCAGCUGAGUCCCUGAGCUCCAUGCCCGGCAAGAACGCGGUCACGCUGCGCAAUCGCAAGGGCUUCGUGAAGCUGGCCCUGCGCCAUGGAGCCGACCUGGUUCCCAUCUACUCCUUUGGAGAGAACGAGGUGUACCAGCAGGUGAUCUUCGAGGAGGGCUCCUGGGGCCGAUGGGUCCAGAAGAAGUUCCAGAAGUACAUUGGCUUUGCUCCAUGCAUCUUCCAUGGCCGGGGCCUCUUCUCCGCCGACACCUGGGGGCUCGUGCCCUACUCCAAGCCCAUCACCACCGUGGUGGGUGAGCCCAUCACAGUCCCCAAGCUGGAGCGCCCCACCCAGCAGGACAUCGACCUGUACCACGCCAUGUAUGUGGAGGCCCUGGUGAAGCUCUUCGACAAGCACAAGACCAAGUUUGGCCUCCCGGAGACCGAGGUCCUGGAGGUGAACUGAGCCAGCCCCGGGACCAGCUCCGGGAGGAACCGGCUGCCAAUCAUCUUCUACCGAGUUCUCAAGUGCUUUUUAUUCUGUAAAUUUGGAAGCGUCAUGGGUGUCUGUGGGUUAUUUAAGAGAAAUUAUAAUAAUUUUGUUAAACCAUUACAAUGUUAGGUCUUUUUUAAGGAGGAAAAGUCAAUGUUUCAAGCUCUCUCACUCCCAGUUUGUUCUGUUCAAGGUGGUGGCUCCAGCACACCUGGGCCUUUCAGUUUCUCAGUCUGGUCUUCCUGAAAUGGCAGAGAACUCAGUCCUGGUCCGUGGGGAGGAGGGACAGCAUCAGUGCUUCGGCCAGACAGAUUAUUUACUUUCUGCCCCGGGGUGGGAGGCAGAAGCCACUUCCAGUACAAGCACCUCUACCCAGGCUGGCUGCAGGACCAGGCCCGCUUGCCAUAAGAGGAGUUGGAGGGCUCGGUAGUUCCCCUUUUGAGGGCAGCGGUGACCAUCUGGCCACUCCAGCUUGGUUCUGCUUGCUGCCACUCUCAUCCCAGCCCUCGUCUCUCAGAGCUGAUCCUGGGCAGCCCCCAGGGGGAGGUAGGGCACCAUCUCUUGGAUUACCCAGCCUCCAUGUCGGUGGGAGUCCGUUCUCAGAGGCUGAUCACGUGUUCUCCCUGGGCAGACUCAUGGCUGGCCUGUACCACGUACUUCUUGGUGGUCUCAGCCUGAGUGUGGUGUGAGGAAGGGGCCUCUUCUGUUCUCAGAAGGGAUGGCUGGCUUCUGGGCAGGGGUCCCAAACCCAACCUUCCCAUAUCUGUGCCUUUCUGAGGGGGUGGGGGCCGAGGAACCCAGCCCCUCCUCUGUACAUUUUGUUUUCUCUCAAUGAGAUCAUUGUACGUCAGACUUUUGUACAGUCCUGGACAAAUAAAGGAAUAUGAGAAUCCACUCUGA